GAUUGUAGAGCUUUCUCUCUUUAACAUUGAAUUUGUGUUUUGUUUCUCCUACAUGACAGACGACAUGAAGCCGAAAGAGCACACAGCCCUCGAUUCCACGAAUCUGUGUUGUUUUUUUUUCUCGAAGCAGCCAACGUCACUGACUUCAUGACGCUCUUUCACUUUGCAGUUUCGCAGGCGUCCGCCUGCCGACCGGAGGAGGUCUAGCGGAGAGAGCUCGGCGCGCGAGCGGCCGAGGCGCUCGUGCAAACAGGAAGCAGAAAGACGGGUGAAGAGCCGAGCGGAGCCGCGAGAAUGAGCUCGGCCGCGUAGUGAACCGGCGCACCGAAGCUCACCUCUGACUAACCGACUUGUUAAUAGCCGGGGUGCGAGUGCAGAGGCGUCUUUACGUCCUUUCACCGAGGCUGGAUUUCGCCAGUGUUUGACGCGGAUCUCCUAACUGACCGAGGGAGUGACAGAGAGGGGGGUCUGCGAUAGCGCACUGAUUACAGCAAAUUUCCCGCUGGUCGCCCAGGUGUUCGGGUGAUAACUAACUGGGUAGCUUGGGACUUUGAAACCCCAGGGAACCGUAUCGGACACUGUAUUCGGCGGCCGACGUAAUGCCGAGACGAGAGUAGUUAUUUACAAGAAAACGGCGGCACACGCUCGGCCACAGGCAGCUUGCUAACAUGGUGGAGAUGUGUGUGUUAUUACCAGGGCGCUGUUACAUAAUUACGACCGCGGCUCGUGUCUGUCCGUCGCACCUCAGUGUUUCUCUUCUCACCCGAGACAACUUUUGACGUUUGCGUCGAUCGUAAAAUAAUGGAUACCGCUGCACUGAAGAACUAGAUAUCGAGAAAAUGGAUUCAAGUCCUCUCUUAAGUGCCAUGGACCCGUCCAUCACAUUGUGGCAAUUUUUGCUGCACCUGCUGGAGGACGGCAGCCACAGGCACCUCAUCUCUUGGACCUCUGGUGACGGGGAGUUCAAGCUCCUGGAUGCAGAGGAGGUGGCGAGGCUCUGGGGUCUUCGCAAAAACAAGACCAACAUGAACUAUGACAAGCUCAGCAGGGCUCUUCGAUACUACUAUGACAAGAAUAUCAUAAAGAAAGUGAGUGGACAGAAGUUUGUCUACAAAUUUGUGACAUAUCCUGAUCCGACUGCUGCCGAGGGGCUUCGCGUAGGGGAGGAGUCCCAGCGGCGCGAGAGCCAGACAGACGCUGUGGGCCUGCCCAAGGCCCCUGGGGGCAAUGCCCCCCCCUGCCUCUCCAAGAGCCUGCAGGCCCAGCGCUCCCCACCAAACUCGGGCCAGCGCAGCUCCCGCAAUGACUACAUGAAGUCAGGACUCUACUCUACCUUCACCAUCCAAUCCCUGCAGGCCCCCACCAAGGCCCCCAAACCCAUCAAGACAGAGCUGCCUGUUCCUACAGACGGCACCCCCAAGGUACCCAGUGCUGAGAAAAUGAUGCCUGAGAUGCGCGUCUGUACAAUGGAGGGGCGGAGCUCUGCUCAGGGGCGGGGCUCUAUAGAGACCAGUCUGCAGGUGAUAGUCACCCAGCCGUCCCCUUGUGUCACACCUGCCCUGAGCCCUCAGACGCCAUCAGGCUCUGCUCCUGGCAGUGUGAACGCCCAGACACAGAAGACCCAAGGUCUUGGAGAUUCCCCUCAGAUCUAUUUGACUAGCGUUCCUGACCUAAGCUCUAUCGCGCCCCUCAUCCCGUCGGCCCCAGUCGGGUCCUCAGCAGCUGCCGGUGAAUGUGUGGUCUCUUCGUCCCAGAGCCACCAGGUGUUUGUGGUCAUCAAACCCUCGGCACCUGAGGAGGAUAUCUUUGAGAUUGUGGGCCUGAAGGAUAAGCAUGUGGAAGAGGUGACUGCGCCUGCAUCUGCUCUUGCUCCUGCACCUCCACCACCCGCAGGAGGUGCUGAAUCAGUGGAAGCCCUGCCGGCCUGUGUGGAGCCAGCCGGCCCGCCGUGUGCGGAGUUGAGCCGCGGGGAGCAGCCGGCAGACGGGGAGGGAAAAACCGAAUCUCAGUUACCAGAAAAACAUACACCGACCCCAGAAGCUGCCAUUCCUGCUUCAUCACCCCAGGAAGCUCAGCCACCCAAAUCCAAAAAGCCCAAAGUUCUGGAGCUGCCCUCAUCGCCUAUUCAGCUGCCCCCUGGGCUUUCGCUGGAUAAGGUCAAUGCCGCGGUCAACAGCCUCCUGGCACCUGGUGGAGGCACCAACACGCUGACCCCCACCGUCAUCACCUCUCACGCGCUGACCCCGGUUCUGUUGACGCCAAGUCCGCUUCCCUCUACCAUCCACUUCUGGAGCACGCUCAGUCCCAUCGCGCCCCGCAGCCCGGCCAAGCUGUCCUUUCAGUUUCCAACCAAUGGGAGCAACCAGAUCCAUAUCCCUGCCCUGAGUGUGGAUGGGCUGUCCACGCCGGUGGUACUUUCUCCCGGUCCACAGAAACCGUGAGCUGUGGGCUGUGAGCCGGGCUCUCUGUCACAUCCCUGAUCAGCAGGGGGAGGACUUCACAAAGCAGGCUUGCCAGAGGCGCAGGACAAGGGGGCUGGAAGCAGGCACAGUCACCAGGGCCCUGUGCAGAAAACAGCUCUGCGCUGCUUUUUCUCGCGUCUCAGGCCCCAGCGAAGCAACAGCGCCCUCUUCUGGUGGCCCGCUGUCUUUGCUCUGGGCGGAGCCUGGGCCAGCAGGUGGCUUUUGCAGUAUUGCAUCUCAGAGAAAAGCCAACCCAGUUUCCCUUUGUGUGGCUUUUUCCCCUUUUCUACAUGUGUCAGCAUUACGGAUUUUACUUCAUCUCCUUUGGAACUGAACCUGUAGUCAGUCAAAUUACCCUCCAGCCAUCUGUUUGGAUCCAGAGUGGCUUCCUCAUAAAUAACGACUUUCUAAGAGGAGGAUCAUUUUAAAUUAAAUCUUUAUUUAACAGCGCUUACCAUUCCAUUUUUUGUGUCUUAUUCAGUGAUAUUUUUAAAAAAACAUUUUUUCUACAUCAUGAAAUUUGGACGAUAAUGAUGGUGAAUUUUUGUGAUAUAAAUUUCUCAUUUUAUGUCUAAUGACAGUGUGCUUUUUUUGUUUUUUCUUUUCUCCCAGAAACAUUCUUGGUUUCAAGUGGUGAAUUUUACAUCAUGGACGUCUUUUUCCCACACAUUAGAAUCCAUAUAUGUCUGUAAUCCCUGUCAUAUGUUCCUUUUGAAAUCAUGUGUGUGUAGUUACUGGGAUUCUCCCCUGAAAGGGGCUGUUCUUCUUGAUUCUGUCCAUUUGGGCUAAGCAGACUGCUACUGGGUGGUGUUCAGGAUUUUUAAAAGACGAUAUACAGUUUAUUUUGUUGUAAAAGUAAAUGAGACAGCACUUCUUGAUGGUACGCUCUGUCCAUCCCUGUAUUUUUCUGAAUGUUUAAUUGCUUGUAACAUCUCUGACAUUGCUCUGCUUAUUUCUAAGAUGGAAUGUGGGUUUUGAAAUGUCAAGCGAAAUUUUGUAGCUUUUUUAAUGGGAACUCUAGAGGAGACCAAAGCCAGCAGUUUUAAUGAAAUUCUACACAAUAUUUUUUUUAGAGCUGCACUGUUUCGCUGUCAUUCAUUAAAGGGCUAUAACACACUUUAUUCUUCUAUGCUACCAAAUGCUGAAAUUUUAAAACCCAGUUUUCUCAAGUAAUGGACAUAAAUUUUGGCUCAUAGAUUUACUGAAUUCAAACAUUGUGUUAAAACAAAAGAAGAGGUAACUAAAGAAACAAUCUGAAGCAUUAGUUUUUCCCUUGAAUGUUGUUUUUUGAUAGAUGGAUGCUUAGUAUCUGUACUGGAUACAGAAAUAUUUGUGGCCUGUUUGAAGUCAAAGUCACUAUUUUACAUAAUGACAGACUUUCAGUUGUAUUUAUCAAAGCGAGUCAUGUUUAUCCAAAGCGAUUGACCACAUUCCGUAACAUAAGGUCACCAAAUUUCUUUGAGAAAUGCAUAGUCUAAUAUGGAAUAUGAUGUCAAAAUUUUAUAUUCAGCUAUUUUUUUAAUAGCACUGUAUACUUGCAGUAAAGAUAUACCAUUUGAUUUCUUGCAAACUAGAAUCAUUUGUACCAAUUUGCAUUGAUAUAUAUAUAUGUUAACAAAUGAUUGCAUAUCUAUAGAUGUACAGUACAUCUACAGAUAUAUUUAAUUGAUAUUUUUCAGAUAUGUGAGCUGACUUUCCUUCUAGCCUCUGUUCUUUUAGGUUUGCUAUGUGCCAGUGCUUGUGGUAUUUGUCGCAGUGUCACCUGACAAAAUAUAUUGAAAAGCCAGUUCUUAUCUUGCACAUUUAAAAUUGAGCAGUUGUUUGGAUAACAUGUCCUGGACUCUCAUCAGUUUUUGUUUCCAGGAUCAUACUCAGAAACCUUACAGAAAUAUGAGACUGUUUCUGAGUCAGACGACGUUACUGGAAUGUACAGCACUACGGUUCAUCGUCGGUGGCCAUGUUUGAGCUUGCUUACGUUACACGGGUUCUUUAAAAUGUUGAUAAAAUGUGACCACUUUGUUAUCCUGAGUAUUUUGCACUUUGAAAUUUUUAUACACACGGACUAUGGAAAAUUUUAAUCCCUCUUUCCUGUUGUUACUAGCCGUUGCUUUGAUGAUGCCUUCUACUGCUAAAACAAGGGAGUAGAUCUUUGUAAACAUGGAGGGGUUGUUUCAGAGGGUAGAGUGGUCGAAUUUAGAUUUUAAAAAGACCAUCUAGUUUUCUUGGUAUAAACAAUUUUGGUUUAUUUUGCCUGCAUCUUUCACUGAGUGCUCUCUGGUUUCCUCACACGGAGUCUGUCUCUAAAUUGCUUAUUUGUGUCCUGCUUAUUUUCCUGGGAUAACCAGUUGUGGAAGAUGGAAGAAAAUAGUCACAAGAGUUUGCUUUAAUCUUUUUUUUAAGACACUGGUGCUGAAUUUGAAUCACCCACUAUGACACAAUUAUGAGGUCUAAUGGAUAACUUGCUUUUAGGAUAUUCAGAUGUUUUUUUUCCUGUCUGUGAACGUUUGACGCCUCUGUUCAGACACCAGUAACCAACAAACCUGAUAUAUACAUGUACACACACUGCAUAAGCAUGUGCUUGAAAUAGGUAAAUGAUGUCAUUACAGUCAUACCAUCCCCAUGAGAAGUGCUUACGUAGAAAUUUUGCAGAUUUGCUGACCGCAAAAGGCAGAGAUGCUCGUGUAACACAUACGGCCGACAUGAGGGUUUUUAAUUUUUUUUUUUGCACUUUACCUUUUUGAUGUACUCCACAGUGUUGUGCCAUUAGAAGAAUACUUAUCCUUUACCAUUACCAAACAUCCACAGAUAUGCCAAACCGAAGUGGUAGUGAACAGCUGAGAUUUUGUAUGUGAGAGCUCUGGAAUACAUAGCACAUAGGCUUUCAUGUGAAUCGUCUGAUUACCUGACAUAUUUCAUAUGCCCUCUUUCUCUUAGCCUGGGUAGUGCACUAUGAAAUGUUGACCAGGACCCAGCUGCAACUUGCCUCAAAAAUGUAAAACAAUUGUGCAUUCGUUCUCCCUUAUGUUUACGCUACUACUGCACCAGCAAUCUAGAAUUACAGUAUCUUGCCUAAAAAAAUGAAAUGAAUAGCCAUGGUAAUCAGCACUGUUUAAUACAAUAUCAGAAACGGCACUGGUUGCCUUAAACUGUUCUCUAUUUCACAAUCCCCCCCUCCGGCCCCCCCUUGCAUCUCAGUAUUUAUCUUUGUCUACCUGAAGUGUCAUUUUAUAUUUACAAACCUUAAAAUACUAACGUGUGUGAUUGGUUAACAUCAUUCUUUUUAUCUUAUGGAAUUUUUCCAUUUCUACAAUAAAAAACAUGGACAGAGUGGAAAAUAACUACUCCUAAAAUAUUUUAGUAUCUUAUAAGUGCUUUAGGUUUUAGGGAAGCAAUUAGUGUCCAUUUAAGGCAUCCGAAACCAGUAAUUUUUUUGGUCAGUUGCUGAAUCUGACCACCGUAAGCUUAUGAUGUUCCCUGCAAUACAUCAUGCAAAGAAGCUUUUUUUUCGUUUUUCACCAGUUUAUGGACAUCAUAAAAACAGUGAAUCUAUAGGUGUCAGGUUCAUGCCUUUGAUUGGGUCGAUAAUAUUUAUGCAAGUCUGGCUCAUAGCUAACAUUCCUAAUGCUACAGAAAUGACAGCUGAGGUACCUGUAUCGCCACUGGGAUCCCAAUAUAUUCUACACUCAGGAGAGUGUUGGAGUGUAAUUAAUAUUUUUGUUGCCAUUAGUUAUAUGGUUUUAUAUUAGGAAGAAGUGCCAGGAAGUGAAAUGCAGGUGCAUGGAGAUAAUUGUCUAUUUAGGAGUCCCCUGUGCAGCAUCGUGCCACCUGUGCAUGCCCAUGCUUACUCUGCCUUGCAAUGGCAUGUCUGCUCUUCUGAAGCUGUGUGAAGUAUUGUCCUGUUGGUCAUCAUUUGCUUAUAUUUUGAAAGGGAGUUCCUUGACUGAAUAAAUAUUUUUGACCAAGGGGUGCUUGCUAAGAAGCAACAACAAGUACAGUAUAAUGAUCAGUUUGCUAAUUAGAUUUAUUAUAUUAAUGAAUAAUCAUAUGUUUUCCCAAGAGUGUAGCCUUAAUUAUUAUAUAAAAGGUUGUUUAUUAAUGAGCUAAAAAUGACAGGGCAGUAUUAAUCACCCUGGCUUUAAUUUUGACAUGAUUCCAAAACAGAUGAGAAAUAGGUGAUGUAUAAUGUGCUGUAUCUGAUAAUUAUUUAUUGAGGAUGGGAUAUUCUUUGUCAUCAUUUUUCUCAAACGGAAAACUGAGCUGGCUGUGGGAAAAGGUUCUGGCUCUGCUUCAAAUUGUGUUUUUAGGACAUUUGAUAUUUUGUAUCUGAGUCAGUGAGGUAUUUUAAAGGUAUUGUGUUUGUUUUUAAACCCCUUUCCCGAUAAUGACUCUACUGAAGAAAACCAUUAAAUUGGGUGCCUUAUAUAAAAAUAAUAUCCAAAUCGUUCUUCAAGUGACACAUGACUAUGUAAUGCCAAAAUAUAAAAUACUAGUAAUGUCAAGAUUAUGGUAAUUUUUCUUUGAUUAAAGCUGUACUUCUGCGUCUUCUUAGAAAGCAUUACCCUAAUAAGCCCUGUGAUUCUCACUGUAAUAUGUGUAGUUAAUAUUUUUAUGAAACCAAGGAUAUUAUGUAUUUUCAUCUUGUGUUUUCUCUCAGAGGUCAUUUUGUGACCAGGGGAACACAUAUGUUUAUAGAUGGGAGUAGAUGAAAUAUUUUAACUUGAUUAUUGUUGGUUUUUGCAGUUCUGACUGCUGGUCACAGCAUGCAUUUAAUCCCAGUAAUUGUGUUCAGCCUCAGAAUGUGUUAAAAUGAUUCUUUUAGUUUUUUUUUUAACCCUUUGAAGACUGUUAUUAUACUAAAAUUAUCAUUGUGAACACAAUGCAAAGUGGGAAAAGCAAAGCCAUAAACAAAUAGGAAAAUCGGGAUAUUUUGCAUCUUUAAAAUCACUCAUUUAGCCUAUGCUUUAAAAGUGCGUAUUUCUGUCACGUAAUGAUUUGAAUAUUGGCAAAAAUAAUAAAACCGUUGAAUAAUGCAAAUUUGAUUGCACAUAUGUCAAUCCACAGGUGAUGUCAAGUGCGAUGUAUACAUUGUUUAUAUUUUGUGCAACAAGCAAGUUCUAUUACUAUGUUUUAGUAACAUAGUCAUGUGUUUUAUUUGUCAUUAGUUUCCCGUAGCUUGCAACAGAAAGUCAGUUUCAAACUAAUUAAGUAUUUACCUGUAGGUAAACCAUUAUUACUUUUGAAAGAGGAUUUCAGCAGCAUUUAACUCGGAACCAUUUAUUUCUGUUUAUAUAGUAUAUGGUCUGCUGUACAUCUCCUGCUAACUGAAACAUUGGACCAUUGCGGUGAUUUUUUUUUUUUUUGAAGAAAAAGAAAAACUAAAAGAUGUUUCAAGUAUUAAACAUAUAGAUUUGAGGUAUGUGUUGUGUAUGCUUAUGACAUUGACUGCACACCAGUGCUGUGCUACACAACCUUAUGCUGUUUGGUCCUAUUUCUGUAACACUGAGCAAAGAUAUGAUUUUUCUAAUGAACGUUAGAAUGACUUGGUUUUCUGAUUUAUCUAGAUCUAAAAGUUUUAUGGGUUCCACUGAGGUUGAAUGCAGUUUCAUAGUUUCAAUGGGUGUUAAAUGGGUGUUACCAGUUUGCAGGAGGUCUAAUCAGUGUCGUGGGCAAUAUGCUCCAUGUGUCGUUAAACUAAAUGUUCCUCCAUGGCCAACAUUGGGAAUUGGCACCUUAGUGUGAUGAAUUGCAGAACAAAAAUAACUUUGCCUCAGUUACUACUUUCUAAGGGUCUUGAGAAUUUAAGCAUCUCAGGAGAUCAUGACACAAGUACCUGAGCUCAGUCAUUAUGUUUUGUUGUUCUCAUGUAAUAAACAUUUUUGGCUGUGUUUUUCAGAAAGUAUUAUAUGUGAAGAACUUGAUGUAAAUGUUUGUGCAAAGGUUUUCGAUAUUUCUGGCUUAAAUCAGUACAAGCACUUGUGUGUCAUUAAAUAUUUUUUUGCUGUCGUAUAACUUUGCAGAUCUCCAUAGCAACUCCUCCCUUUCCCAACUGUAAGAUUGUUACUGGGGGUUUAUUUACAAAGUGGAGGGGUUGCUUAUAUUUUUAAAAAUGUCAAUCUAUAUUGUAUUUACCGGAGAGAGAGAAACUAUUUUUAAUCUGCACAGUAUACCUUGUUUGUAUAUAUGUUAAAGACAUUAAUAAUGUUUUUUUAUAUAAGCGCUGGAACUAACCUAAAAUGAAAAAGUUAUUAAAAAAAUAAAUAAAAUCA